GCAUUUACGUCUUUUAAAGAAGAGGGCAUUUUUGAAAUUACAUCUUCUUCUUUCCUUUUAGGGCUGGAAACCGCGAGAGCCUAAUCGGAGACCGGAUAAAGGCUUCGCCGGCGGUGGUUCUUCGGUGCUGGAGACGGAUUCAGCUGGUGGGUUGGGGUGUAACAAUUCUUAGAUAACGUUUUUCGAGGCUACUUAAUCGGAUUUCAGAGGCUGAAAAGCGACGAAUUGCUUAGUUCUUAAAGACAGCAUUCUCUGUGUUAUAGAACUGAGCUGUGUCCCCCUCCCCCUAACAGGAAAGAAGAAAAGCAUUAUCGAAUAUGGUAGGUGGUGUACGUAUCCAGCUCAAUAAAUGGCAGCAAGCAGCAGUUGCACUUGGUUCAGCAGUAGGUGCCUUGCUAGAUCCACGGCGAGCAGAUCUAAUAGCAGCUCUUGGGGAGACAACCGGAAAGCCUGCUUUUGAAAGGGUCCUUGAAAGGAUGAAAAGAAGUGCCGAAGGCAGAGCAGUGUUGAUUGAGCGACCACGUGUGUUAUCAUCAGAGGUUGGGCAUGCAUGGGACCUUCCAUCCAACACUUUUGGAGGUGCAUAUGCUAAUUUCAUGGGUUCUAGGAACUUUUCCCCAGAUGACCGGCCUCCUGUUAGAUUCAUGGAUACUGAGGAACUUGAGUAUGUUGCAAUGAGAGCUCGUGAGGUUCAUGACUUCUGGCACACCCUGUUUGGUCUUCCCACGAACUUGAUCGGCGAGUCAGCACUGAAGGUUAUUGAAUUUGAGCAAAUGCACCUUCCAAUGUGCAUGCUGUCUGUUUUGGGAGGCACAGCAAGAUUCAAUGAGAAACAGAGAAAAUUAUUCUUCCAGCAUUACUUCCCUUGGUCUAUUCGUGCUGGCAUGCAAUGCACAGAUCUCAUGUGCAUAUAUUAUGAGCGACAUUUCCAUGAGGAUUUGAAUGAUGUUCGGGCAAAAUGGGGAAUAAUUCCUGCACCUCCAUCUACCCAAGUUUAACAUUUUGCUUCACAAGAAAUCAUGGUGAUAAGAGCCUAGCAGGCAGCAGGCUCAUCUCCAUCCAUCUUGAUGGCUUCAUUCAUGGCCGUCGUCUGAAUAUUCUCCCGAUAAGGUAUGCAGCUAACAGCCAUGUUUAACUUUAGACUAUCCGACUUCAUAAAUUUGCUUAAAAAUUUAUUCUCUAGGUGUGCCUUAUUCCCUGUAUUGACCAUGUGAUCGUGAAUGAAAAAUAAGGAAGGAUAUAAUUUAUUUAGAGUUAA